UAGGCUCUUGAGCGUCAUGGAAACGAAUGUUAAUUUGAUUGUUAAAGGACCGAAGGAUCCGGGUCAUCUACCUCACGCAUCCCUGGGGAAGAUCAUCUUGGAUUCGCUGCGAAAACACGAUCAGCAUAAGACAUGUCUGGUAGAUGGAGUGACGGGAGUGGAGCUGAGCUUCGGCGAUGUUCUCGAGAAGACUGUUAAACUGGCUACAGGACUGAAGCUCAUGGGGUUGAAGAAGAACGAUACCGUCGCCAUAGUCAGCGAGAAUAGCGUUAACUACUUCAUACCGCUCAUUGCGUGCUACUACAACGGCAUUAUCGUCACUCUUCUUAAUCCAGAAUCCACUGAAUAUGAACUGAAGAAAUACAUGAUGAAAUCGGACGUGAAAAUGAUUUUCUGCUCGAAAAUGAGCGUCUCGAAAAUAAUGAAUCUGCAGAAGGAUUGGGAUUCGAUGAAGAAGUUGAUGCUGCUGGAUGGAAGCAUCGAGGAUAACGUGAUGACGCUGGAGAUGAUCUACAAGCUGGUGGAUGGGGAUGCGGAGAAGUUCGAAACGGAACCGGUGGAUCCGCACACUCAAACCGGACUUUUGAUGUACUCUUCCGGAACAUCGGGUCUACCGAAAGGUGUGCUUCUUACUCACGAGAACCUGAGGAUCACCAUCUUCAAAUCGGGUCCGGGAUAUCUGGACGCCUGCGAUUCGGACACGAUGGUCUACACCUUGCCCUGCUUCCAUAUAGUACACGUCGUUCCAUUCUUUGCGUGCUUCAUAUACGGUUCUAAACUCGUCGUGCUGCCGAAAUUCAAGCCCGAACAAUUCCUCUCCAACAUCGAGAAGUAUCGCGCCAAUAAGAUGAUCAUAGUACCAGCGCUCGUCCUCUUCAUGGUGAAGAGUCCGCUCGUCCCUAAAUACAAUCUUCAAUCAUUAAAGUUGAUUUACACUUGUUCGGCGCCGAUCACGCAAGAUCUUCUGUCGAUUUUCGAAAAGAACAUCGUGGGCUGCAGGGUUCGAUCAAUGUACGGCUUAACCGAAUCUGCAGGUGCUUUAACAAUGAAUCCAGCCUCUAGCAAUUACUUGGAUAGUGUUGGAAAACUCACAGUCGGCGUUGAUGCUAAAGUCUUAGGGGUGGAUGGACAGCUUUUAGGCCCCGAUCAAGUGGGAGAGCUCUGCUUCAAGGGUACCAACAUGACCAGGGGUUACGCCAAUAACGAACAAGCUACGAAAGAAGCAAUCGAUGACGACGAAUUCUUCCACACCGGCGACGUUGGUUACUACAACCAGGAAGGAUACUUCUUUGUUGUAGACAGAAUAAAAGACAUCAUCAAAUUCAAAGGAUAUCAGGUAUCACCGACUGAGGUGGAAACGGUGCUGCUGUUAAAUCCGGAAGUGCGGGAGGCCGGCGUCGUCGGUAUUCCCGACGAAAGGGCAGGCGAGAUGAUUUCCGCUUUCGCUGUAAAGAUGCCCAAAAGUCAGAUGACUGAGAAAGAACUGUUCGACUUCUCUUCCAAAUUUCUGAGCCCGUACAAAUUACCGAAAGGCGGCAUAAACUUCGUGGAUGAGAUUCCGAAGAACGCUAUGGGCAAGAUCGACAGGAAGAAGCUGAAAAACUUGUGGCACGAAGCAAACGAAAUACAAAAAACAAAGAUGGAUUUCGUAUUGAGAAAUAUAUGAGACUUUGGUGGAUUAUUUAUUAGUCAUUCGGUAUUUUCACUACCAUUUAGUUAAGACUUUGGAAUCAAGAGAUUUUCAGCAUUAAAUCGAUACUAACAAUCGACUUGCAGUAGAACAGAUUACAUCAGUAUUUCCUCCACAUCAACAUUUUCGGGUUAUCGCAAAUUUCUAUUGUAAAUUAGUUUUAAGAACAAAUAAAUAUAAUAUAUUUUUAA